UGUUCCACUGGCUGGUUCAGCAGAGCGGAGCUUGUCGCAGUGUUUCCCCGCUUCCCAUGCGCCUCUCCGGGCGCACGGAUCCGCAUGCGAGGCGCGUCCAGGCGGCUGCGUGCAGGCUGAGCGCGAGGCUGGAGCGGGGCUGGAGCGGAGCUCCCACUGCGUUGUUUCCACCAACUCCUGUCGGCUCUCCGAUGGAAAACAGUCAAUCCCUAAAGACACAAGUUGGUGUACUGGUUUAACACACUGUUUCUACAAAAGAGAGGCAGCUCAAGACACACACACACACGCACAAACACACACACACACACCCUUCUGAUGCCUGUGGCCAGUGGGAGCUGAUGGUGUGGGAUUGCGGGGAUGAACUAGUGGCCCGGCCAACGAGCUCAGUGUUGCUACACACAACAGAGCCCACACAGGAUGUCGUGGGCCAGAGAGCUCUUUGUGGGCAGAGUGGACGAGCGGAAGACGGCGUGGGGGGAGCGCAACGGCAAGAAAAGGAAGGACAGCUCUUCGCUAUGCAACCCACGUUACAUGAGCUGCCUGAGGGACCCGGAGGACUUUGAGACCUCGAGCGUGGCCCCUCAACACUACCACUCUGGAGCGGGCGCCAGCGGGGGCAACUUCGGACUGCGCUGCGGCUGGCAGGAGGACCACUAUGGCAAGAGGAUGGUCGCCGGCGGGGAUCUGGGUCUGAAGGCCGUCGACUUGGGGUUUGAGGACGGCGAGCCGAAGGGCGCCAAAGGCGAAGAGUGCGGCGAGCCGGCGGAGAGCGGCUGCAGGACGAUGACCGCCGCCGACUGCUGGAUGCGGGUCGUCUGGGUCUUCCAGUCCAAGAAGUUCCAGUCGGCCAAGCUGGAGCGCCUGUACCAGCGGUACUUCUUCCGGCUCAACCAGAGCUCCCUGACCAUGCUGAUGGGGGUGCUGGUGGUGGUGUGCGGGGUCAUGCUCGCCUUCCACUGCGUGCACACGGACCUGAACGUGGCCUACAUCUCGGUACUGUCCGUGGCCAUGGCUCUCUUCAUGGCCAUGAUGGUGGUGUGCAACCGCAACGGCUUCCACCAGGACUACAUGUGGAUCGUGAGCUACCUGGUGAUCGGCGUGCUGGUCGUGGUGCAGGUGCUCGGGGUGCUGAUGGUGUUCCCGCGCAGCGCCUCCGAGGGGAUCUGGUUCACCGUCUUUUUCAUCUACAUCAUCUACACGCUGCUGCCGGUCAGAAUGCGAGCGGCCGUGCUCAGCGGCGCCGUGCUGUCCGCCAUACACCUCGUCAUUGCCUGGCGGCUCAACGUAAAAGACAAGUUCGUCCUCACGCAGAUCAGUGCCAAUGUGCUGAUCUUCUUGUGCACUAACAUGAUCGGGAUCUGCACCCACUACCCCGCUGAGGUCUCCCAGAGACAAGCCUUCCAGGAGACCCGAGGAUACAUUCAGGCCCGGCUGCACCUGCAGCGGGAAAACCAGCAGCAGGAGCGCUUACUGCUGUCAGUGCUGCCGAGGCACGUUGCCAUGGAGAUGAAGGCUGAUAUCAAUGCCAAGAAGGAAGAUAUGAUGUUCCAUAAGAUCUACAUCCAAAAACACGACAACGUCAGCAUCCUGUUUGCAGACAUCGAGGGCUUCACCAGCCUGGCGUCCCAGUGCACGGCUCAGGAGCUGGUCAUGACGCUGAACGAGCUGUUCGCCCGCUUCGACAAGCUGGCCUCGGAGAAUCACUGCCUGCGUAUCAAAAUUCUUGGGGACUGUUACUACUGCGUGUCGGGCCUGCCCGAGCCCCGCGCCGACCACGCCCACUGCUGCGUGGAGAUGGGAGUAGACAUGAUCGAAGCCAUCUCGCUGGUGCGAGAGGUGACGGGUGUUAACGUGAACAUGCGGGUGGGCAUUCACAGCGGACGGGUUCACUGCGGGGUGCUCGGCCUACGCAAGUGGCAGUUUGACGUGUGGUCCAACGACGUGACGCUCGCCAACCAAAUGGAGGCCGGAGGAAAGGCUGGACGGAUCCACAUCACUAACGCCACUCUGCAGUACCUGAACGGAGACUACGAGGUGGAGCCCGGGUUCGGGGGGGAACGGAACGCUUACCUGAAGGAGAACAAUAUCGAAACCUUCCUGGUGCUGGGCUGCAGCCAGAAAAGGAAGGAGGAGAAAGCCAUGAUGGCCAAGAUGCAGCGAGCGCGCGCCAACUCUGCAGAGGGCCUGAUGCCGCGAUGGGUUCCUGACAGAUCCUUCUCCAGAACCAAGGAGUCUAAAGUCUAUAAGAAGAUGGGCAUCGAUGCAGCGUCCAGUAAAGAGAACCGCUGCACGCAGGAGACGCUGAACCCCGAGGACGAGGUGGACGAGUUCCUGGGACGGGCCAUCGACGCGCGCAGCAUCGACCAGCUGAGAAAAGAUCACGUCAAGAAGUUUCUGCUCACUUUUCAGACCGUCGACCUCGAGAAGAAGUAUUCCAAAAAGAUUGACGACCGUUUCGGGGGAUACGUGGCCUGCACUCUUCUCGUUUUCUGCUUUAUCGCCUCCAUUCAGGGAAUCGUUUUUCCAAAUACGCCGCUGAUGCGCGGCCUUUACAUCUCCAUCUUCAUCAUCCUGGUCAACAUCCUCUUCGUCUGUGCCAUCUACUCCUGCAUCAAACUCUUCCCAGCUGCCCUGCAGACGGUCACCAAGAAGAUAGUCCAGUCUCGAGCAAACAGCACGUUGGUGGGCGUCUUCACCAUCCUCCUCGUCUUCGUUGCUUCUUUUGCUAACAUGUUCACCUGCAGCAGGGAGGACUUGAGGGACUGCGUGUCCAGAACGCUGAACACAUCGGAGAACGUGACGCUGUGCCUGCUGCACAACCUGACCAGGACGGCGGCGGACGGCCUGACCCUGUGCGCCGGCGAGGUCGAGCCCUGCCAUUUCCCCGAGUAUUUCAGCUACAGCGUUCUGCUGACCCUGCUGGCCUGCUCCGUCUUCCUCCACAUCAGCAGCAUAGGGAAGCUGGCUCUGAUGCUCUUCAUCCAGCUCACCUUCGUGCUGCUGGUGGAGUGGCCUCAGGUGGCGCUGUUCGACAACGCAGACCUGCUGGUCAUCGCCAACACCCUGCCAUUAUCACCUGUUAACGAGUCCCUGCAACAGUUUAGUCUAAAUGCGACUGCUGAACAGUGCCUGGAGAAUGUGCCUAAGGUUUACCUGAAGGUCAUGACCCCCAUAAUCCUGACGGUUUUUGUUCUGGCUCUCUACUUGCACGGCCAGCAGGUGGAGUCGACGGCGCGCCUCGACUUCCUCUGGAAACUGCAGGCCACAGAGGAGAAGGAGGAGAUGGAGGAGCUGCAGGCCUACAACCGCCGUCUGCUCCACAACAUCCUGCCCAAGGAUGUGGCCGCCCACUUUCUGGCGCGGGAGCGCCGGAAUGACGAGUUGUAUUACCAGUCCUGUGAGUGCGUCGCCGUCAUGUUCGCCUCCAUCAGCAACUUCUCCGAGUUUUACGUGGAGCUGGAGGCCAACAACGAGGGGGUGGAGUGUCUGCGGCUGCUCAACGAGAUCAUUGCAGACUUCGACGAGAUCAUAAGUGAGGAGAGGUUCCGUCAGCUGGAGAAAAUCAAGACCAUCGGCUCCACCUACAUGGCUGCGUCCGGCCUCAACGACUCCACCUACGACAAGGAGGGCCGCUCGCACAUCCUGGCCCUGGCCGACUACGCCAUGAGGCUGCGGGAGCAGAUGAAGUACAUCAACGAGCACUCCUUCAACAACUUCCAGAUGAAGAUCGGGUUGAACAUGGGACCGGUGGUGGCCGGAGUGAUCGGAGCCAGGAAGCCUCAAUACGACAUCUGGGGGAACACGGUGAACGUGGCGAGCCGGAUGGACAGCACCGGAGUGCCAGACUACAUCCAGGUGACCACGGACUUGUACCACGUGCUGGUGAACAGCGGCUAUCAGCUGGACUGCCGAGGUGUUGUGAAGGUGAAGGGGAAGGGCGAGAUGACCACCUACUUCCUCACCAGCGGCCCCCCGGGCAGCUAGCGACAGCCGGGCCGCCCGCGGAGCGACCCCCGCUGCACUGAGCAGGCAGAGACUGCAGAGAGGCCGAGUGGCCGGCUCCAGGACGAGCUCCACCGGCGCCUCGGGGCCCGGCGGCGGCCGCCACACACCCCCACGCACAUGUGCGGGCCGCCGUCGAUCGAAGGCUGUUUGUUUAUUUUUCUCCCCCCCCCCCCAUAGCUGCUCAAGAGAUACUGAAGCCCAGUUGCCUUAGGACGGACGUGGCUAUGCUUGUGUUAAUGAGCAAUAGUACAAGUUUAUUUCACCCGGAGUCAUUAUUUAUUUUCGUGCAAAAGAAAACUCAUGUUUCGUAAAUGAAAAUAUGCAAGGACAGCCGCGAAGGAUGAAAUUAACCAAAGAACAAACAACGUUUAAUACGGAAGUCACACUAAUGAUUUUAUUAGGGAGUACAGUAACCUUAAGUAAUUUAUUCAUCUUUCAAGAGCAAAGCCACGGAAACGUCGACACAGAUAAGCCCUUAUUUUUCUUGUGGACUUGCACAUGGACACAUAUGCACACGUACGCAAAAA